AUGGCGUCCGAACCGCCAGAGGACGCUAUUGCGAACUUCGUCAGCUUCACCAGCACGACGCGCGAGCAAGCUAUCAGCUUCCUCAAGGCUAAUAACCUGGACUCUCAAAAAGCUAUCAACGCCUACUUCGAAGACCCGACAGGUCCCCGGACAAAGACAACUGGCCUUUACAAUGAAAGUAGUGGUUCUUCGUUCGGAUAUGGACAGCAAGACAAUGCGCCCAAAAUCCCUGCGACAGCACCUCCCUCACGCCCUCCUUCCCGAGUCAACAUGCAUGAAACAAGUCAAGGCGCUAGAACAGAUGACCCAGUCUCUGUGGCAGUACAGAGCAAUACGGGCACAUCGGGCUCGGGGCAAGGACUAAGUUUGGCGGAGCGUGAAGAACAAGAAUUACAACAAGCAGUGGCCAUGUCACUGAACCAAGGCAUGGGACAGCAGGAGUCUGGAGUGACGGCAAUCAAUCAACAACCCCACUUUGGGAAGGCAACACGCGAUCACUACGACGAAGGGGCAUGGGCAAUGACCUUGUUCAAUGCAACCUCACAGGAAGUUGUUAUCAGCCCCAAUCCUGAAGAUCGCAAAAGGAUUGACGGUGAGCCUGCGUUCAUUCGACCGACUCAGGAUAGCCUCUACCUGGGAGGAUUUCUCACCAUUCUCCACGAGAUUCCCCUUGCGCGAGAAGCUUUGCUGCUUCGAAACAAAGUUCUUUUUGACUAUGGGAAUGACGCCCAGUGGUGGAAUGGGCAACCAAUCAAUCUUCCUAAAAUCGUGACAAUUCACGAUGGAGCAAGCGGGGAUAGCGACUGGGACGAUAUUAUUCAUGAGACACAGCGACUGAUGGUCUUUCUGGACAAAACACAACGUGCCUUUGGGAGCAGUGAUGCGCUGACAAACCUCAAAAGCAUGAACGCCCUUUCAUCCGACUCAGAAGAAGCGAUCGCGAGAUUCUUGGAGACAUGGCAUGCUGCUGCGAUUCGGGCCGAUCCCGAGAACCCCUUGGCGACCGUUUUCAUGACCCAAGCGUAUAAAACAUCCCCAUUCGACGAGGGAGAUGAGGCGAUUUCGAAAGAUCUCUUUCUCUUUGAGCCUCUUGUGGAAGGAGACCACGGACAGACCCUCUACGAUGUUUUGGACAAUGCCAUCUGGAGUGACCGGCCUGGGGAAAGUCUGGAUGAUGUCUGGCUCGAGCAUGUGGGCGAUGUGGUCAUCAUGAAACUCGACGCUUUCGAUAAUGGCAAGUCUGUGGAUGUGAAAGCACCGGCUGUUUUCUACCCAGAUCGUUACAUGAGCAGUUGUCGAGAACUUGCCAUUGAGCUCCGGACAAAAAGACUUCGUGUGCAGGAGGAAGUUCAAGAAUUGGAAAGAUUGAUUCAACGAUACACCAAAACACAGGCGACAAAAGGUAGUGCUACGAUGAAAGAUCUCCUAGACAAGGCAGCAGCGGCAGUGACCUCGGUUCUGUCAAAGAACCCAGCUACUGGAGCGGAUUCUAUGAGCUCGGAAAUGGCAAAUCAAAAGUCCGAACGAAUUAUCAAGGAGUUACAAGCGGUCUCUGCGAGGAUUGAGAUCAAGGUCAAAGAGCUGGAGAGCAGAAAACAGAGCGCCAUGGAAACCUUACGCAGCUAUUCUAGAGCACUCACAGAACAAUCUGAAUCUCCCAACGAGCCUCCGCUCCGCAGGUAUUCACUCCGCGGAGUCUGCACAGAGCCACAUGUAACCUACGUCUUGAAACGGAAUGAUAACAGCGAUCCGAAAGACGUAAUGGAAGUCGAUGGGGAGAAUAACAGUGGUUAUCAAUGGUGGAGACUCAGCUUCUCCACCGAAGAUGGUAGGACCCGUCAGGCUGCGAAGAGAGAGGCACAAGGUGAUUCUGCGGCGACGCAAGACGGUGAUGUCGUUGGUUAUACAGCUCGCAAAGUACGCGAGAUCGAAGUGCUCCGAGCGGCCCGCGAAGAGUGGAGGUCUGUCCUUCUUGUAUAUGCGAGCGACACCGCUAUGAGUGGGCAACUUGAGCUUGCGCCCACAUCGCUUCAGGCCUUCGUCACCAAGGAUAACGAGGCAUUCGCCGCCGAGUGCGAACAAAGCACUGCCAAUGCGGCUGCAGAGAACCCCCAGGACUCGUCCCCAAAGGCCUCUCAACCGCGACAAUCCACUACCCACCAGGGCCAGCAGGUAAAUGUUUUUGACUAUCAGGUUUCCGACUUCGAUAAUGACACCGACUCUGAGCAGGAAAUGAAAGAGAGGAAAGGAUCUAAGCUCGUACCUGGCACUGCGGUGAACCAAGCACCGAUGUCUCGCGCGUUGGAUGAUGAUUCGGAAUGGCACGCAGGAGACGACACAGAGAUGAUUGAUCACGUGGAGCACGCCUAG